ACACACCGACACACAGACAGCCUCCGGUGCUUCUGACGACGCACGGCCGGAGAACACCGAGCAGAACCACAGAACCACAGAACCGUCCAGGACUCUAGCCUCGACUCUGUGGAAGACGCAGUGAGUGAGUGGGUGCGUGUCGCGCCCUUCUACAGCGUGUGAGAUGUCUUCAGAGCUCCUGGUAGAACUGGGGGAAGACCCUGCCACUGCACAGUUAGGGAAGCUGAAGCUGACCACGUUGGAGGACCAGCAGUGGCCCCCGGAUGAGUCCACUAUCAGCAAGUCAGAGACGGAUAUCUCGCAGCGCUUUGACGCUGGCUCUCCACACCUGCCGUGGGACCAUCCCUUCUAUGACAUCGCCAGGCAUCAGAUCAUUGAAGUGGCAGGUGAUGAUAACUUUGGCAGGAAGGUGAUCGUGAUUAAUGCGUGCAGGAUGCCUCCACACCACCAGCUGGACCACCACAAGCUGCUGAUGUACCUUAAAGGAACACUGGAUCAGUACGUUGAAAGUGACUACACGCUGAUCUACUUCCACCACGGGCUGACCAGUGAGAACAAACCCUCUCUUAGCUGGCUACGAGACGCAUACAGAGAGUUUGACAGAAAGUACAAGAAGAACAUCAAGGCUCUGUAUAUCGUCCAUCCCACCAUGUUCAUCAAGACUCUGCUGAUCCUCUUCAAACCAAUCAUAAGUUUUAAGUUUGGCAGGAAGAUCAACUAUGUGAGCUAUCUGAGCGAGCUGGAGGACGUGGUGAAAUGUGAGCAGCUGAUCAUUCCCGCCCGCGUCAAAGAGUACGACAACAAGUUGCGAGCCUCUCUGAAGCCGAACUCCCAGCCUCCCACCUCCCCUCUCCACAGCCCCCCCCCCGACCAGGUGUUUGGGGUGCCACUUGCGUUGCUAAGACAGAGGAAUCCAGAUGGUGAUCCGAUCCCCCUGGUGAUGAGAGACACCAUAAGCUUCCUUACAGAUCAAGGUUUGGAGAUUGAAGGGAUCUUCAGACGGUCUGCCAAUGUGACUCUGGUGAAGGACGUCCAGCUCAGAUACAACUCAGGCGAGACGGUGAACUUCAGAGAGAUGGAAGACAUUCACUUGGCUGCUGUGAUCCUGAAGACGUUCCUGAGGGAGUUACCCGAGCCUCUGCUGACCUACCAGCUCUACAACGACAUCGUCAACUUCACCUCUGUAUCCAGUGACAGCCAGGCGGCCAUGAUGAAGACCCUGGUGGAGUCGCUGCCAGAAGAAAACUCUGCAUCACUUCGAUACCUCAUCACAUUCCUGGCUCAGGUAUCAGCCAACAGUGAAGUGAAUAAGAUGACCAACAGUAACCUGGCUGUGGUGUUUGGGCCUAACCUGCUCUGGGGGCGGGACAACGCCAUGUCACUCAGCGCCAUUGGGCCAAUCAACAACUUCACCAGAAUCCUGCUGGACCAGCAGCAUCUGGUCUUUACCUAAAUCCGGCCCCCUUCACCCCUGCAGUCUCUCGUCCAGUCAGAAACCCCCAUCUUCCAAUAAAACACGAUACACUUCAAAAAGAUCCUGUGGACCAAUUACACUUCAUUUCAUUCAGUCUUUACAUUCCGAUCGGCCCGUUAGCGGCGUCUUAUUGUCACGUCAAGCGGUCCGGACUUCUGCUAGCUUCUGGACCAUGUGACUCCAGGCAUGUGGGUGGAAAUGGUACAUAUUAAACGACGCAUAGCACAAGACGUAACGGCUCAUAAGCUGUUGACAUGGCAUCCGUUCACUUCGGUCUGACAGCUCGUGCACUCCUGCUGCCUCGUAAUCUAUCAGUAAUAAUAAAAAAAAUACAGAAACCAGCUGAUAUGAGGUGAAAGAGCCAAUCCCAGAUUUUGUUACAGCCUUUUUAUUUCACUAGAGAAAAGAAAUUGGUCACUUUUGGUCACUUGAUCCUGCAUUUCCCAUAAUGCAGCUGAAUAGUGUUUUAUCAGAGCCUCGGUAAUCCAGUCUUUCUUCAUUUCUAGACAUUACUUUCUCACAUUUGACUCAGACGACACUUUAAAAUGUUGUAUCAUAAUUAGGGAGUGUAUCUUUCAUGAUGCAGUUCUGUCACAUAGAAACAUUUCUGACUCUUCCAGCAGCCCGUUAAACCAAACCAACCCGUCCAAACGUCCGGUCCUCCGUGCAUGUCUUCACACCUGUGUUCGAGUGUCUCUGCUUGAACUCCAUGCAGAGAUUCACAGCAGUUGGACUUGUAGUCGUCGUAUCUGUAUUCCCCGUGCUGUGCUUUUGUCGGACUGUACCUCCGUCGUUUCUACGAAGUGGCCUCAAGCUUUCCCCAGAACGAGUAGAUGAAGAGAGCGGAGGUGUGAGUUUCCCCCGUCGCCAUGAAAGUCUCAGGUUAAAACGGAAAAAACGGUGAACGUUGUGGACAAUCUUUUGAAAUGCUGUAAUUCUAGAAACCAGUAGAGAAAGAUCUUUAAGUGUUAGAACCCAAACCCAGCUGUCCAUGUGGACUGGUUUCAGACUGAACACCACGAAAACAGGAAGCACGUCAUUACCGUCAGUUUUAAAAGCGUGUGACCAGGCUUUUAUUUCCCUUUUUAUGGCAGAGAAAAGCAGAUCUUCACACAGUAUUCUAUGAAGCACUAAUUAAAGUUCUACAACAACACCGUCACGUCACACUCACCACUCAGUCACACAAUCUACUUUUAUUAAUACCAGUUUUAUCCAAUUGUGCCGUUUUUUAUUUUCUUUUUCAUCAUAAACUUUGUCCGAUGUUUCCUGUAAAUGGCAGGCUUUAAACGUGAAGUGUUAAGGUCCAUUGAGGACAGAUUUAAGUGUGUCAAGGAAGUGGGGGAAAAACUGAAAAUACUUCAAUUCUAGUGUUGCUGUUGUUGUCAUUGUGACGGGUGGCGAGGAGACAAACACGGGUCACCACUCUCAGUGUGCAUGUGCUUCACCCCGGAGGGAUUUCUGGGAAGUGAAAUGUUAAUACUGGUCAUACUGGUUGUUGAGUGUCUGUGUGAGGAGGCUUAGGAUAGGCUCAUGGGCCUAACCAUGCGAGUUGGUGUUGUACUCUGUUUCUCUAGUCAUCCAGUCAGUGCCGUUACCUCCGUGACCUGUAGGUACAAGUAGGUGGCGCUCUAGCAAAAGCGCAUUGUAGUUUCUCUCUGUGGGCGUGGUCGUGUGAAUGGUCAUUGGGCCAAAAAGGAGAAUAGAGGGGGCUCGGUGUUAGAGGGGUUCAUUGUUUUGUUGACUGGGGGGGGGGUUUCAUUACGGCCUUAUGAAACAUUUUUUUAUCUUCUUUUUCACAACACUGAAUAUCCCUUUAAACACGUUUAAAGUGCUGUUGUGGCGUGGGUUUUCUUUUUUGUUGUUUAUUUGUUAUUAGUAAUUGAA